CUCCGAGCUCUCGGCAAAGGCUUGCUGGGAUACCUCAUUCCCAGUCCUGUGCAAAGGUCUGUGAUUGGGGAUGUGGUGUGCUCAGCGGGCAGGGCCCCUCCCCUGGGCUGGAUCCGCCUCUCUUAUCCCCCAGAUAAAUUACUAGUGUCCUCACUAAAUUCCUCGGCUCUCUCUCUCUCUCUCCCCUUCUCUCACACACGCUCGCUCCCUCCCUCCAACACGGGCAAAGCGGGGUUCAGGGGCGGAAGGGCAGGGAUCCUCUCUGGACUGGUAUUGCGCCUUAGUGCUGGGGGGGGGGAGGGAAGGGGAGGAAAGUACUGGCACCCCUUCUCUCCUCCGCCGCCUUGAAGUAGAUUUGAGGAGCUGCCCUUCCUCCCCACCCCUCCCCCCUUCCCGCUGGUCCCUUGGCAUCUCCAGACCAUGUCCACUGGGUCUCUCAGUGAUGUGGAAGAUCUGCAGGAGGUGGAGAUGCUGGAGUGCGAUGGCCUGAAAAUGGAUACUAACAAAGAGUUUGGGGCGUCCACCGAGAGCAACGAAGAGGGAUCCAAUGGCGAGAAUGGCUCCCCUCAGAAGGGGAGAGGGUCCUCGGGCAAGAGGAAAAAAGCUCCCCCCAAGAAGAGCCCUUUAAAUGGAGUGAGCCAGGAGGGAAAGCAGGUCCAGAGAAACGCUGCCAACGCCAGGGAGAGGGCGAGGAUGAGGGUCCUUAGCAAAGCCUUCUCCAGGCUUAAGACCACCCUGCCCUGGGUGCCCCCAGACACCAAGCUUUCCAAACUGGACACCUUGAGGCUGGCCUCCAGCUACAUCGCUCACCUGAGGCAGAUCCUCGCCAAUGACAAGUAUGAAAACGGCUACAUCCACCCAGUCAACCUGACUUGGCCUUUUAUGGUAGCCGGCAAACCCGAGAGUGACCUGAAAGAAGUGGUGAACACAAACCGCUUGUGCGGCCCGACGGCAUCCUGAGCCCCGGCGGCCGGGCCAGCACCCUCCCGGCGCGGCCGGGCAGCGGGCGGCGGGGCGGGCGCGGCCGGGACACGCCGCCGCCCCGGGCCCCGGGCAGAGCGACGGGGAGAGCCGCUCCCCCGGCGCGGAGGAGAGCGAGUGUGCCCUAGCAAAGACUCCACCCUGAGAGAUCCCGACUCUAUUUAACUUUAUUAAAUGCGUGUACAGUCGAGUGUCCCGCAACGGCAGCCUUGCUGGUUCAAGCGCUACUAGAGGAAAGACAGAGAUCAAACACAACCUACCACGCGCGUAUCUUCUGUCUGAGACCUGUGAAUUAUGUAGAUGCCUAGAAAAACCGACUUUGACAGUCAUCUCUAUGAAGUAAUUCACCCUAAAGAUAUAUAGAUAUAUUUUCUUCAAGCAGGUUUUGCUCUAUUUCUGUGAAUAAACCUUCCUUUCCACUGAA